UAUGUUUUUUAAUCUUGCAUUAACAUUAAUUUUUUAUUCUAGAAUUCCUCGCCCUACACCUUUGUCCAAAACAAAACGAUUGAGAAGGAGAAAUACUGUCCCACAACGUUCAUCAAAAUAUCAAGUAUUUCUUGGUGGCUCCUGUAAUCCUACUACAUGGAGAAAAGACAUUGCCAUACCAACAUUUAAAUCACUCAAGAUUUCAUAUUAUAAUCCUCAAGUGGCUGAAUGGGGCCCUCAACUAAUAGAACUUGAAAAUCAAGCCAAACAGAAUGCUGAAGUUAUGUUUUUCGUUAUUGAUAAUCAAACUAGAUCUGUAGCCUCCAUGAUUGAAGCUGCCCAAGUUGCUGGAACUCAAAGAAAACUUAUGCUUGUUGUGCAUGAAUUUGAAAAACCUGGAUCUGUUGUUAUGGGAGAAAAAAUCACUGAAAAAGAGUUUAAAGACUUACAACAAGGGCAGCGAUAUCUUCAGGACCUGGUAGAACGGCAAGGAAUCCCGGUAUUUGAUAACAUACACCACGCUGUUCAGUGUACAGCUACAAUUCUUAAGAAGAAUAUCAAACCCCAAGAUCUUACAAUUGAGGAUGCUGCUCAACCGGUGAAAAUGGCAUACAUUCAAAUUGGAGAUAAAUUGAUAAAACUACGUGAAGUAUUUGAUGAUUUAGACUGUGACAAUCGUGGCGUCAUCACUUUGAAAGAUGUUUGCAUGGCUUACAAAAUACUCACAGAUAAAGAAAUGCAUAUGGAUAGUUUAAAAUCUAUAGUAAAUCAGCAUAAGCACUCCUGCACAGAUGAUCUAAACGAUGAAGCUUUUGACAAUUGUUUAAUUGAUUUUAACCAGUUUUGUUGUAUUAUGACGGAAUUUAGAAAACAGGCUGAUAGUCAGUUUCCUAAUUUAUCUGCUUUGAAGAACAAAGCUUCAGAUAUUUUGUGUUCAGUUUUAACUCCUUUAGCCAAACUUGUGGAUUGGGUUCGUCCUGAAACAAGACUCGAUGAUAAAAAUAGUAGCCAUGACAUUAUAUAUGAGACUACGUACCGAGAUAUAUAUCUGGGAGGAACAAGAAGAUCUUCCACAUGGCGAGAAGAUAUAGCUAUUCCAUUAUUAAAAAAGCAAGGACUUACCUACUUCAUACCUCAGGAUGGUAUCUGGAGUGAAAGAUUAAUACCAAUGGAAAUAACAAACAUGGAAAAUAGCCAAGUUUUGUUGUUUGUCAUCAGCAAAGAUUCCAGAUCUUUGGCAGACAUGAUUGUUGCUGCUCAUUAUGUUGGUUUGAUGUGCCAAGUAGUUUUAUGCAUUCAGUACAUUGAAGACGGCACUGAAAUUGAUGGAGAAAAGCUUUCUGAACAAGCUGUCAAGGAUUACAACAGAGGCCGUGUAUAUUUAUCUGAUCUUGCAACCCGUGCUGGUAUCCCGGUAUUUGACAGCAUAGAAGAGUCAGUUGAAUGUGCUGCCAAAAUGUGCCUUCAAAAUUCUAAUUCCUAGGACUACUUCAGAAUUAUUUGAGGAAUUCAUUGUCAUUACAUACUAUAAAGAUCUGAGAUUGUUUCCAUAAACUUUUCAUCAUUGAGAACAUUAACAGUGAGUGUUUGGAAAUCAUUUGACAUCUCAUAUGGGUUUUUUUUUUUAAUGUGUUGAUGGACGUGAAAAAGAAACGCACACAGAUUUUUAGUUGUUUUGUUGCGCACGCCAAGAGUUUCCACUCUUGUUUUUAGAUUUUCUUGUUACGUUUAUUUUUUUUUUUUAUUAAACAAGUUGAACUUUCAUAACAAAGGAAAUAUAUAUUAAAUUAUGCAAAUAACUUUUAAUAUAUUAGCAUUAAUUCGUGUGCUUUUGCUGAUUCAUAAAAGGAAAAUAUCUAUGAACUGUUGAAGGUGGAAAUUUUCUGAGCUUUCAUUGUAAAGUCCCAUUUUAUAUCUAGCUAUUAUCGUGAUCAUUAUCUUAUUACACCAUUACAUUCUCUUUUUAUUGGUCUUGAAUUUGAAAUUCUGAAAAAAAGAUGUGUUACCAAUCGAUAUUUGUAUAUUUUUAUUAACAGUAUUAGCAAUACUACAAUUAAGGCUAAAAUAUGUUGUAUUAUUUUACAUACAGGCUUCUGUUAAAUGUAUCUUGUUUUGUGACUUGUCCUACAUGUGGGUGAUUUUUUUCUUCAUAUAAUAAGUAGUGGUUAGUAAUUUUUGGACAUAAAAAAAAUAAUCUAAAAACUGAAGCAUAUAACAAAUAAAAACUGUAUUAUGGAUUUUUAAAAAAUUAUCUAAAAACUUAAUCUUAAAAAAAUAGUCUAAAAACUGAAACAUAUAACAAAUAACAACAGUACUGUGGAUUUUCAAAAGAUUAUCUAAAAACUGAAUCUAAAAAAAAAUAAUCUAAAAACUGAAACAUAUAACAAAUAAAAAAAGUUCUGUGGAUUUUCGAAAGAUUAUCUAAAAACUGAAUCUAAAAA